AUGUUUGGGAGGGGUUUGUAUGUAAGAACCUCUGUGAGAUUCAUCAACAUAUUCCACACAUUCACAAGACCAAAGGAUAAAUUACAAAAUAUAGGACCACAAAAGCAAUUGUACCCAGGUUCAGCAUCAGCACAAAGCAAUGUGACAAAAAUAUGGGAUGGAAUAAAAGAUAAGUUAUUUAAAGACGAAGAGGACCCAGAUAAACAGACGGAAAAAUUUUUCCAAUACUCAGUGGAAAAGUUAAUGGAAUCUCCAGGAAAAUUUACAUUUCAGAGCUUUCAGAAGUACCUAGAGCAUUUGUGUACAAAGUUGAAGGUAAUUGGCAAGAAGGCACUGCCUGAGGACAAAAUCACAGGAAUAUUACUGCAGUUGAGAAACCACUAUAGGAUAAUGUCAAUGUUGACGAAGCAGGAGUUGGAGUCCGAUAGUCACACAGUGUUUACACACGAGACGAAGGUGCUUAUAUCAGAAGCACUGGGACUCACAGUGAAAGACGUUGACGAAAUGCUUUUGUACCACGACACGUGUAAGACGGAUAGAACGUGGUACUUCAGAAGACUAGUGCUGGGUAGGAAGAACAUUGCCGACGAGUUACAAGGAGAGAGAGUAUCUGUCGUAUCAGAGGCCAGCAAUGAGGCUAUCGCAGCAAAUAUACCCGAAGGUGGAGUCCCUGGAGAGCAUCCAGAUCAAGAAGACGUACGACGAAAUGCACUACAAGAAGAUAAGGUGAGUGAGGCGGCAAAUAGAAGCAGCAGGCACAAAACGUGGCCGUGGUACCGCCACAGGACGUCAGGCCACGACUACUGGAGAACGAGGCCGUACACAAAGUGGAGAAAGUAA